ACUUUUUCAGGUUAAACUCGAACACGGAAGUUGCUAACAGGGUUAAUCCUGAGAUUGUCACCAAAGCUGAGAUAGCUACUAUAGGAGACAUCUUCUCCUACAUGAAGCGAGAAGGAGCAAAGGUACAGCCACUCAACAUUUCACAUAUUCAUUACUUUAGCCUUAGGUAUGUAAUUUUACAAUUACAAAUGCGCAGGUUGCUUGGUUUGAAUGCACUGCCACCAUUGAUGAUGUCGUCCAUGGUUCAGCAUGGUAUUAUAUCUCUUGCGGUGGGUGCAAAACUAAAGCCACCAAAGGGCAUACCACUCUUAUGUGUAAGAAAUGUGGGAAAGCCGAAGUUACCGGUGUUGCAGAGUAAGAGUUUUAUUUUGUUAUACUCACACAUUCAGCAUCAGUUACUAAUGUGCUUUCCUCACAGGUACCUCACGAAGCUCUCUGUUUAUGACAAUAAUGACCAAGCACGUUUUGUGCUUCUCGGUGAUGCUGGGCGUGAGUUAACUGGCAAGACAGCCGCUGAGUUGGUUGCAAACUACUUUGAGGUAUUUACAAUCCCGUCCAACCUACAAGUAUUGAACCGUCUUCUGAUAUUUGUUUUAAAUUGUGCUAGGCCAAUGUGGACGUAGAUGAGGAUCAUGUAAUCCCAGUGCCCCAAGAUCUGAUUGGUACGAUUGGUCAAACGCACAAGUUCGUUAUCAAGGUUUCAAAGCACAAUUUGGAAGGCAAGACACAAGCUUUGACUGUCACAAAAGUACUCACUCCUGAUGCUUCAGUACUUGAAGACAAUGCAGAAGAAAGCGUGGAUGAUGAACCUGCCGAUGAGAGGAAGGAAGUUGCAGAUGAGUCAGUGAAAAGGAGUUCUGAUGGGGUUGAGUCUGGUGAGGUUAAGCGUGCCAAAUGUGGCUGAUAUGUUGUUAUAAGUGUUUGGGUCUGGUUUACUUAAAAACUAUGUUUUGUUUCAUUUCAUUUUCAGACUUUGUUUUUGCAAUUUCAGUUUUUGAACUAUCUAUCUUUUUAUCUAUGUUAUUUGGCUCUUAAAAAUUUCUGUUAGUUAUUUGGAGUGAUGAUGAAGUUUGGCUAUUUGAGUGAGAUCCCGUAGUUAGUUAGUUAGUGUUGUCUUUUUUUUUUUUUUGAUCAGAUCAGUUAGUGUUGUAUGAGUUAGUUUCUAAUGAUUCUUUGCUUAUGCUACAUAUUGGAUAUUGUAUAUGUUGUAGAACCAAUUAAGUUGAUAUUGAUAAUAUUGCCAUAAUAUUUGUAUUUCAAUUGUUCUUUAUUAUUUUAUUUACAUUUGGCAAUGUAUAAUAUUUACAGUUUCAGCAUCUAUUAUUUUCUUACUCACUCUUGAUACCUAGCUUUAUUUACAUUUCUAAACAACUAUAUCAUUGUAUUUCUUUUUAAUUAUGUAUUUUUAGAAUAAAAAAAAAAAACUGAACCAAACCCAAAAUACGAAACAAAUAUUUAUAUACCUACAAACAUUUUUUUUUUUUGGAACUUAACAAAUGUUAAAUAUAUUUAAUUCAUAAAUAACCAUAUGUUAAAACUACUGUUCUGUAACUUAAUUACCCAAAUACUUUAAUCAUAUUUUUAAAAAUUAUCCGAGAAUUUUAAAAUUAUCUAAAAUUGAACCGAAUAAAAUUGUCAACCGAUCUUUAUAAAUGACCAAAUAUAAUCAAAAUAUUAUUUACUAAUCGAAUUAUCCGAGUACCUAUUAAAACUUUAAAAUAGUAAUUAAUUUAAAUACAAAAUUUGAGACAAAAGAUUAUUUUUAACAAUUGCAUAAUUUAUAAAUACAAACCGCGCGUAGCGCGGUUCAAAAAUCUAGUAACAAUAGAUUUUAAUGAGAAUAAGAGAAUCUAUAAACCAAUAACACUAGACUUAGAAAUUCUAAGACUCAUUAUAAAUCUCACCCCCACUAACACCCCCUUAUUUUUGGUUUGAUUUUUCUAACGUGUGUCGAGGUUUUUUCCACAUAAACAAGCAAAAGAAGAAAAAACAAGAAAAGCAGGAAGCCAUGAGAAUGUUCUUCAGUGUCCUCUUAGCAUCUCUGUUGAUAUUCUUCCCUCAUCCUCUACACGCCGGUGUACCCUACAACGGAAGCAUCUCUCCAGGCUUCGAAGGAGCUCAGGUGAAUUACAUCAGCAACGGCGGUAUCUUCCUCGAAUCCAUCAACAAAGACUUUGGUUUCGGUUUCAUAACCACACCAGAUGACGUCACUCUCUUCACACUCAGCAUCAUCCACAAAUCCAGUUCGAGACUUAUCUGGUCGGCGAACAGAGCUUCCCCUGUCUCGAACUACGACAAGCUCCAGUUCCAAGCCAACGGAGCCAUCGUCCUCCGCAGAGAAGAAGGAGGAGGAUCCGAGGUUUGGAGAUUGGACAAUGCAAACAAAAACGCUUCGAGAAUGGAGCUUCGCGACUCGGGGAACCUCGUGGUUGUCUCCGGCGACGACGGAGCUUCGAUCUGGGAGAGCUUCGAUCAUCCUACAGAUACUCUGAUUACGAAUCAAGUAUUUAAACAAGGCAUGAAGCUCACUAGCAAUGCUUCUUAUUCGAGCAACAUGACUUAUUCUCUCGAGAUCAAGUCAGGAGAUAUGUUUUUAUCUGUCAACAGCUUGACACCUCAAGUGUACUGGUCCAUGGGAAAUGAUAGCGGGAGGAUCACCGAAAGAAACGGCGUAGUGACUUCAUCGUCUUUACUCGGGAACUCGUGGAGGUUCUUUGAUGAUAAACAGUCUUUGUUAUGGCAGUUUUUUAUUUCAUCAGAAAAUAGAGAUGAUAACGCCACUUGGAUCGCUGUUUUGAAUAACAACGGUGUGAUCUCCUUUACAAUUCUUGGGAGUGGUGUGUCUGCUGGGGAUGAUUCUCUCACUAAAAUCCCAAAUUAUAAGUGUGCGACCCCUGAGUCUUGUGACCCUUACUUCUUUUGCUCUGUUAGUAAAGUGUGUGGAUGUGUGUCAGGGAUAUCAAGACUUCGGCCUGAUUGCAAAACCGGGAUCGAUACUUCUCCUUGUAAGAAAACAGACAUUAACGCAACAUUAUCUGUGAAACUUGUAAAUGCUGGAGAUAGUGUUGACUACUUCGCACUAGGGUUUGCUUCUCCUUUCACCAACAACACUAAUCUUGAUAACUGUAAAGAGUUUUGCAACAGCAACUGCUCGUGCCUCGGUCUUUUCUUCCAGAACAGUUCUGGUAACUGCUUCUUGUUUGAUUGGAUUGGUAGCUUUAAAAGCAUAGCAAGUGGAGGUUCUGGUUUCAUCUCUUACAUCAAGGUGGCUACUAAUGAUUUGGGAGUUAUUAAAAAUAACGGAGAUGACGAUGGGAAACAAUUUCCAUAUAUAGUCACUAUUAUCGUCUUUGUGGCAAUCUUUGUCAUCUGUCUUUUGAUCUUCGCGGUUUGUCGGAUUCAGAGGAGAAUGAAAGCACGUUUGCUUGCUUCUCAAGAAACGACUCAUAGUUUCGUGAACAUUCUACCUGGUAUGCCCACCCGAUUUUCUUACAAAGCUCUUCAGUCAGCGACAAAUAACUUCUCUGUCAAGUUAGGUCAAGGAGGGUUCGGUUCAGUUUUCAAAGGAACGUUACCUGAUGGUUCUCACAUAGCCGUGAAGCAGCUUGAAGGAAUAGGUCAAGGCAAGAAAGAAUUCAAAGCCGAGGUUAGUACGAUCGGUAGCAUUCAUCAUCAAAACUUGGUGCAUCUCACAGGAUUCUGCGAGGAAGGGACUCACAGGCUUCUCGUUUACGAGUACUUAGCGAAAGGUUCGUUAGAGAGAUGGAUAUUUAAGAGAAGGGACGGAGAUAUUCUGUUGGAUUGGGACACAAGAUUCAACAUCGCCGUCGGAACAGCGAAAGGUUUAGCUUAUUUACACGAAGAUUGUGACGCAAGAAUUAUCCAUUGUGAUAUUAAACCACAGAAUAUCCUCUUAGACGAUGACUUCAACGCCAAGGUAUCUGACUUUGGACUCGCUAAGCUCAUGACACGGGAACAGAGCCAUGUCUUCACAACUUUGCGUGGGACGAGAGGUUAUAUGGCUCCUGAAUGGAUAACAACCUACGCCAUCUCGGAGAAGAGCGAUGUUUACAGCUACGGAAUGGUUCUUGUAGAGUUAAUAAGAAGACGAAAGAACAAAGAGUCUUUACUAGCGAGUGCUAGUUUUCCUGCUUAUGCUUUUAAGAGGAUGCGGGAAGGAUUGCUUAUAGAGAAUGUUGAUUGGGAUAUGGAGGAGGGGGAGGGUGUUGAUGUGAUGAACGAUGAGAGAGUUCAAAGGGCGAUGAAAACUGCGUUUUGGUGUAUACAAGAAGAUAUGCAUUUGAGACCGUCCAUGAGCAAAGUUGUUCAGAUGCUUGAAGGUGUUUUCCCUGUGCUUCAGCCUCCGUAUUACACGAGGUUGGAGUUGAGGUCGAUCAACGAAGAAGGCGGUGGUGGAAUUUCAUCAUCAAUAUCUCAUAGCCAGCUCUCCGGUCCGAGAUAAGAAACUUAUAAUUGGGUAUUUUUCGGUUGGUAUAUUGUUGUUUUGUUGUAAUAGUGUUUUUCUUAUUUUUAAAAGAAAAGAAGUGUUUCUCUUAGUUUUUGAGGUUCUUCUAUCUGUUGACUUGUUGGUGAACCGAUAAGUUUGGAAAUGUAAAAGUUAUAUUAUAUCUAGAAUGGAACAUGUGAGCUCUGGAUGUUCUGUUUA